UAUAUCUGUUUCGUCAACAUCAAACUUAAUGCUGCCAUUUGUCUUCUUCCCCAGCAUGCAAGUAGACGAGAUUCAAGACCCAUUCUCUUGGGACUUCCAACUCGACACGACAGACGCAGGUCGCAACUUCCACCGCAGGAACGACGGCCACGAGAUCCAGCGCCCAGAUGUUGUCGAUGAUUGCUGCCUAGGCCUGCUGCUUCAGGCGCGGAUAGAUCGCAUCAUUCAUGGGUACAUAAAAAGCGGCACUGGUCCAGCAACGCUGAUCAUCUUCGGAUUCCGCUUUCACGGCAUUGAUGAGGAUCGGCGUUUCAAGAAGGCAGAGAUAACCAUUACAUUCCAAGACGAAGGAAAGCAGCCGAGAAACGACCCUGAAGUUGUGGCUCUGUGGCCUAAUGGUAGCUUCACACUUGGAGAGCCGUUAGAGGUCGAAGUCGAGGAGAGCAGCGGCGGCGAGGCUGGACUUAGUGUGACAGGAGGUGUUGGCGUUCAAGGGGGUGGUCAGGCACUGCGAAGAUGGGGGCGAAAGAUCGGCUACAAGAGGCCCGUCAAUAACGCGAGCUUGACCGGGUCCAUCAUCCUCGACACUAACAUCCGCGAAUAUGGGCGAAACAACGCCAUACACCUUACCCUCAACGAAAGCAAAAUGACUUCGUCUGGUAUCGUGACCGACUUUCGAGCAGCCGUACUACUGAGGCGUCAGUCUCCAGAAGAUACUUUCACGGGCACCGUCAUAAUGAAGGCUGACGCACAUUUUGCGUACAAUGCAGUAAAGGGAGCCCGUGAAGUUUUCGGCGGAUCCCCUGUCAAUGACCCGAUCAUUUUCAGUCCCGGAAUCCAAUACCUACGGCCGAAGACGCUUUUGGGCGCAUUGGAAACACAAUUGGAGGAGGAAAUUGAUGAUUGCAACCUGGGGGGUGUCUCGAUCGAGAGCCUGGCGGUUAUGCAGGGAAUAACGGUUCUCGCAAACCCUGUGUAA